AUGAUAAAGAAAAGAAAGAGGAAUCCAUAUACAGAAGUAUGUGCUUUAGGUAAACAUAUACGUAUGUCUACUAACAAAGCACGAAGAGUAAUUGAUCAGAUUCGUGGACGUUCCUACGAAGAAACACUUAUGGUACUAGAACUUAUGCCUUGUCGAGCAUAUUAUCCACUUUUCAAAUUGGUUUAUUCUGCAGCAGCAAAUGCUAUUCACAAUAUGGGUUUAAACGAAGCAAGUUUAAUCAUUAGUAAAGUGGAAGUCAACGGGGGUACUACUGUUAAAAAAUUGAAACCUCGAACUCGAGGACGUAUUUAUCCGAUUUAUCCGAUAAAAAGACCCACUUGUCAUAUAACUAUUGUAUUAAAAGAUGUAUCUGUAAACGAACAAUAUUAUAAAAGAUCCGAAUACACCAUAUUAUGCUUAAAAAACCCUGAAUGGAUAAAUAAAAAUAAGUACACAGAUAUGACGUAUCAUGAUAUAUAUAGUAUCGGGGGAUUAUGGGACAAAAAAUAA